AUGGAGGCUCAGAUCGAGAAUGCUGUUGGCAUCCUGGGGAACCCCCACUCCGACAACUCCUUGAAAGAGCAAGCCUUCGAAUAUCUCAACCAACUCAGAACCGACCCCCAGGGGUGGCAAGUGUGCACAACUCUCUUCGUCAAGAGCCAGUCAUCCGAAGUCCUGCGUUUGGUCUGUCUCGAGGUCGUCAACUAUGCCGUUCAUACACAGGGUCUCGACGGCCCCAGUUUACAAUAUCUAAAAGAUACAUUUUUACAAUACGUACGGCAGACAUAUGGGUCGGAACGUCAGCAAGAGCCAGAUCCUGCCCACUUGCAGAACAAGCUUGCCCAAACGCUCACAUACCUGUUUGUCUUCCUCUACAAGGAUGGCUGGCAGAGCUUCCUGGACGACUUCCUAGAGCUGUCUGGCCUCACCAGCAAUACUCAGAACACCCCGGGUGUCAUAUUCUACCUGCGAAUCCUGAGCUCCAUCCAUGAUGAGAUUGCCGACAUGUUGUUGGCUCGCCAAAAUGGUGAAGCGAAACGAAACACAGAGCUCAAAGACCAGCUCCGAGCCCAGGAUGUCUACAAGGUCGCAGACUCAUGGAAGCAGCUGUUGGUCCAGUACGGCAACGAGGACUCCGUAGUCGAUCUUGUGCUCAAGGUCAUUUCGAAAUGGGUCAGCUGGAUGGACAUCUCUCUGGUUGUCAGCCAAGAUAUGCUCAGCCUUCUUCUGCCCUUGGUUGGGCGGACGGCACAUGCUGGGAAUGAGGAUCGUGUUCGGGAUUCCGCAAUUGAGACUCUGACUCAAAUCUGCGGAAAGAAGAUGCAGCCUCGCGACAAGAUUGACAUGAUUUCUUUCUUGAACCUGCAGGAGAUUGUGGGCCAAUUGAUCAGUAGCGCCGCGCUGAGCGAGUACAGAGGUUCCUCACAGUACGACACAGACCUUGCUGAGAAAGUGGCCAACCUGGUCAACACCGUCAUGGCCGAUAUUGUCAAGACUCUCGAGGACGCCCAGAUCGCAGAGGAAACCAGGACAAGGGCAAACCAGUUCUUGAACGGCUUCCUGCCCUUCCUUCUUCGCUUCUUCUCGGACGAAUACGACGAGGUCUGUUCGACCGUGAUACCCGCGCUCACCGAUCUCCUGACUUUCCUCCGCAAAGUCAAGCAAAUCCCACAAGAGUAUUCUGAGAUGCUCCCUCCUAUUCUCAAUGCCAUUAUUCGCAAAAUGAGAUACGACGAGACAGCGAACUGGGGGAAUGAGGAUGAACAGACGGACGAGGCAGAGUUCCAGGAGCUCCGACGAAAGCUGCAGAAUCUCCAGAAGACGAUUGCCGCCAUUGACCAGCCCUUGUAUAUGGAGACUCUGAGCAAUCUUGUGGGGACCACAUUCCAGAAUUUGGAGCAGCAAGGAUCGCAGAUGGAUUGGAGAGACCUCGAUUUGGCGCUUUACGAGAUGUAUCUCUUUGGUGAGCUGGCUCUGCCCAACCAAGGGUUGGGAACAAAGAACCAGCCAUCUAACGAGGCUUCUGAGCGUCUCGUGGUCAUGAUGCGCAAAAUGGCCGAGUCAGGCAUCUCCAACCUCCAACAUCCUGCAAUCCUGCUCCAGUACAUGGAAAUAUGCGUACGAUACUGCGUUGUUUUCGAAACCAAUGGCCAGUACAUCCCCGGAGUCCUGGAAAGCUUUGUGCGACUUGUCCAUCUCGACUAUGUUCGCAUCAAGACACGGUCAUGGUAUCUCUUCUAUCGCUUUAUCAAACACCUUCGUGCGCAAGUUGGCAACGUUGCUGAGACGAUAAUUCAAUCCAUUGCCGACCUGCUCCCCAUCAAAGCUGAAGUUCCUGGCGAGGAUGCUGACGACGACAUGUCUUCUGACGAGUCUGAUCACUCAGCGGAUGCGCUGUUUGUUGGCCAGCUCUACCUCUUCGAGGCGAUUGGCUGCAUUUCUUCCACACAGAGUACGCCGCCAGAGAAGCAGGCACUCAUUGUUCGCUCUGUGAUGGAUCCCCUGUUUAGUGAUAUGGAGGCCCACCUCCCUCGAGCAAAGGCUGGCGAUGCCCAAGCCGUUUUGCAGAUCCACCACAUUGUGAUGGCACUGGGAACCUUGGCCCACGGCUUCUCAGACUGGUCUCCUAGCGCCACUACACCACAGGGCCCCCUGCCAAACCAAGCGGUGUCGGAUGAGUUCUCGAGGGCCGCCGAUGCCAUCUUGAUUGCUCUUAGCCAGUUGAGUGCUUCUGCGGAUAUCCGAUUGGCAUGCCGUUCUGCCUUCUCCAAACUUUUGGGCGUUCUCGGCCCCGCCGUCCUCCCGCAGCUUCCACAGUGGAUCGAGGGUCUGCUGGCCCAGAGUUCUUCAAAGGACGAGAUGGCCAUGUUCCUCCGACUCUUGGACCAAGUCGUUUUUGGCUUCAAGUCACAAAUCUACGAUAUUCUCAACAUCCUUCUCACCCCACUUCUUGAGAGAAUCUUUAGCGGUCUCUCUGAACCUAUCAUAGGGACGGACGAUGAGGUCCAGCUUGCAGAGCUUAGGCGGGAGUAUCUGUCUUUUAUCCAGAUCAUCCUCAACAACGGGUUGGAUGGUGUUUUGAUCAGCGAGAAGAACCAGGGAUUCUUUGAGAAUAUCGUCACCUCUGUUACCGACAUUGGGCGAACCCUGGAGGGUAACCUGGGCCUGGGCCCUGCGCGGCUCGCCUUCAGCGUCAUGGCACGCAUCUCUGCUAUAUGGGGCGGGCCCGACGUUGCGAAUGUCUCCGAGAAUCCUACAGCACCUACCGGGCCGCCCAACCCGGCCAUUCCUGGGUUCGACCAGUUCAUGCUCGAGCGGUUCCACACCGUCUGCUGGGAGGUCAUGCGUAACCCCAGUUUCCGGCCAGCCCAGGAUGCCCAGUCAAAGCAGGUGCUUGCAGAGCUCGCCCGCCUCGAGCAGACCAUCUACAUGAAGACUGGCGACGUCUUUAUCCAGAACGUCCAGGCCGGGCUCUUCCCCAGCCUCGGCAUCAACGGCGACGAGUUCCUCCGAUCGCUCACCACUUCCGUAGACAGGAAGGCCUUCUGCAACUACCUGCUGGGUCUGCUGAAGAGCUGGCAGUCAUAG